AUGCCCAGUAUCCCUUCUGAGCGUAACCAGCAACACAACCUGGAGACGCAUAAGGAGAACCAAGAGCUUUCUCACCAGCUGCAGGCAUACGUGGCCUGGGUGAAUUCACAGCUGAAGAAGAAGCCAGCAGUGAAGCCGGUGCAGGACCUCAGGCGGGAUCUCCGAGAUGGGGUCGUCCUGGCUUCUCUCGUCGAGAUUGUAGCGGGGGAGAAACUGAGCGGAGUUCAGGUCAGCCCCACUAGCCAGCAGGAAAUGAAGGAGAACGUGGAGAAAGUCCUGCAGUUUGUGGCAUCCAAAAAGAUCCGUAUGCAUCAGACCUCCGCUAAAGGGAGAAGACCCUUUUGCUACACAGAGCCUUCCAAUACAAUUGUCUUCCUAGAUCUUGUAGCAGCCGGUGGCGUCACCUUAUUGAUACCACAGGGCUAA